AGGAGCCGGAGCUGGGACUGGCUGCAGCACUGAGCAGCAAGAAAGCCGACACUGAGACACAGGCAGAUUAUCUCCAGCUGAUCUGUGACCAGAAGCUCCAGGAAAAUCAGCAGAAGAUGUUUCCUCUCAGCCUCCUCCAGACCUCGCACAGCCCUCUGUGUCCCUGCAGUGAGCCUGCACUCACCCUCUGGCCAGCUACAUGCCUCAUCUAUAGCCAGCUGGAAGAUGACAUGCUGAGGCUGAGGAAGGAGAUGGAGAGGAGAGUGCAGCGUGUCAGCCAGGCUUGUCAGCUCCUGGCUCAGGACAUGGACAUGAGAAGAAGAGCAGCUCAGAGCACACACUCUGCAGGCACUGAGAUCACCUCUCCCAGGACAGGCAAAGAGGGGAAGGGAAACUUUGAGCUCACCCUGGACGUGAGGCCCUUUUCUCCUGAGGAGCUGACAGUGACAACAGAAGGACGGAGACUGAUUGUGACAGGGAAACGGGACAAGAAACAGGAUAGUGAGACCGAUGGCUACUUCCAUGAGUACAGAGAGUGGAGGAGAGAAGCUGAGCUCACAGAGGAUGUGAUACCUGAGGCCGUGCUGUGCUCUCUCUCCAAGGAUGGGCAUCUCCACUUCCAGGCUCCUCGUCUGGCACUGCCAGCUGGGAUUAGGUGA